GUAGUUUCUGUCUCACUGUCAUGGGCCACGCUUAGUUUGAGAUUUUAAAAGCAAAUAUUAGCUGUUUUCUGGUCUCGGCUGCAAAGAUGGGAGAUGCCUCCGUCAGGCUAACGGAGGAGGAGGUGGAGGACUGUAAGGAAAAUGGAGCCCCCACUUUCUCCCAGUUCUCCUCGCAGGUGCGCACCAUGAUGCGCAUCCGUCAGAAAUAUCAGGCCAUGAAAAAACGGCGAAUGGAGCUGGCCGUCGCAGCGUCAACGCACACGAUCGCCCCGCAGUCCAGAAGCCCGAAGAUCUUCACCUUCGAGGGCAUUUCGGCUCACGGUUCGAACCCGCCGCGAAAACGGAAGAGAAAGAAGAAGGCGCGGGUCCUGUUCCCCAGCGGCAGCCGCAAAGCAGUCCCCACCAGAGAGCACAGUCGGGCUAAGAACUGCCUGUUCCUGCUCUGCUUCAUCGUCUUCCUUCAGAUCUACAACGCCAUCGAGAACUUAGACGAUCACGUGCUUAAGUACGAUCUCGAAGGACUGGAGAGGACCCUUAAGAGGGAGGUUUUCGGGCAACAAGACGCCACGGAGGGGCUCCUGGGACACCUGAAUGAUUAUCUGUCAACUUACGUCCACAGUAAACCCCUGGUGCUGUCUCUGCACGGCCCCAGCGGUGUGGGAAAGAGCCACUUGGGCAGAGUCUUGGCUCAGCACUUCCGCUCCGUGGUCGGCGAACGGCUCGUCCUUCAGUACUUCGUGUUGCAUCACUGCCCAAAUGAAGAAGAAACACCACGCUGCGCCGAGAACCUGCUCUCCCAGGUCUACGAGGUGGUGACUCUGGCUGAGGAAGAGGAAAAGAUCCCCAUCUUCAUCUUCGACGAAGUGGAGCACAUGUCCGUCAAACUGCUGGACACGGUGCACAAGCUGAUCCUCUCGCGCCAUUCGAACGAAUACCUGAACGCCAUCUACAUCCUCAUCAGUAACCUCGGGCACGAGGACAUCACCAAAUUCAUCCUUCAUAACUCCUCCAGCACGACCAUAGGGCAUGUUCGCCGACUGAACUUGGAGCUGAGUCCGUUGCUACGCAACAAUCUCAGGAGGCAUCACUUGCUGUGGAAGGAGGCUGAAUUUUUGCUCCUCACGCUGUUGGAGAAGAGCCACGUAAUGGAGUGUUUUGUGGACGAAAUGUCCAGAGAGGGAUUCUACCCAGAUCGCUCUCACAUCGAGCGCCUAGCAGAGGAGCUCCCUUAUUACAGCGUUGGCGGGCGCGAGUUUUCCCGUUCUGGAUGCAAACAGGUGGUGGCAAAGGUCAACCUCUUGUGA